CCAUACCAUUAGUCUUUUCCAAAGUGAUGCGACUGCUGCCAGUGUGAAAAAUAAAAUAUCCGUAGUUUUCGUACAGUCGUUUCCAUUGUUUGUUGGCUGGCAUUUUAGUUGUUGCAAAAAGUCUGAAGAAAAACCACAUCAGGCGAACGAGAAAAAAUAUAACCCAAACACGGAUCCGUUGAAUCGAAAAACCGAAAAAAUAAGCCCAAUCACCACCACCAAAUAAGGAAACGAAGCGAAAAGCAAAGAAUAAACACCGAGAGAGAAGAAAAAUUUAUACGAUUUGGAACCUCAAUUUCAAUCCAUUAAAUAUCAUCAACGAGUGAAAAGGGUUUGUUGCACGCAGUCAAUAUUGAAUAGAAGAAAAUAUUUCUUCGUACGAAUUCGGUUUUCGCAAAUGACAAGCUUCAAUUGUUCUGAAUGAAAUAUAUCGUGAUAAAAUUUACAUAGAAGAAUCGAUUCGAAAAUAAGUUGAUAGUGCGUGUUGACACGGAAUCGAUAAAAUUCGAACUACCGCAAAUCAAAGAGCAACAAAAAAAAACACUGAACUAAACGGAACGAAACGAAACGAAAAGUAGAAAAAAAUCACACAUGCAAAAACAUUACAGAGGAAAUUGACGGAAAAAAAAUUGUGCAAAGCAAGCCAAACGACAACAGUGGAAAUUUCGCCAUUUGUAAAAGUGCCGCAUUCUAGUUUUUGUUUGACCAUCAACCUGAGAACAUAGUGUGUAGCGAAAAGAAAGCAAACCGUUUUGAGAGACUCAAGAGCACAAAGAAUUAAAGCAAAAGGAAAAAUUUAAGCCAUCCAAUACAAGCCACCCACGAUCGACGUAAUUUAUCAUUACGGGGAUUAGGCCGGUUGAGAAAAUCGGAGAGGUGGUUUUACGAAAAACGCGAAGUAACAGCAUUAGCAUCAUCAACGAUAUACACCGCUCCAACGAGCCGAGCCAGCGCCAAACUUACAACUCAAAUCCUGAUUGGGAUAAAGGGGAAUAUUGAAAAGAACAUAUUUUACACAAAAUCGAACAAAAAGGAAAAUACACAAACAACAAAAGCCUCACCGUUUCUUCUCACAAGGCCUAUAUCCCAUCGACAUUUCUUGUUUGCACACACACACACACACACACAUUAGAGGAUAAACAGGAGAUAAUCAUUGUUGAUUGGGCAUACAAUCAAUGACUAUGAAUAUUGCAUAAAUCAAAAUCAGAACGCGCGUUCUAAUGUGGAAAGCUUCAGCUGUGAUUUAAAUCAUUUCUACAUUUUUAUAAGAAAUCAAAUAACAAAAAAUAAGGAGAACAAGAAUAAAACCAACAUAUUAUAAAACAUAGAUUUAAACAGAGGAAUCGAAGAACCGUAUGACUAUCACGAGAAUUUAAGUUUGCCGUUUUCUUUGGUGGACAUUUUUUUCUCAUCGCUGUCCAAGUGUGUAUGUGUCAGUGUGUUUUGUUUGUUUUUUUUUCUGAGACAUACAACAAAUUGAGCCCAUACAAUCCGAAUCACAUUCAAUAAGAAGGAAGUGAGACGCAAACACAGAGACCGAACUAGUGAAACCAUAUUGAAGUUGCCGAAGUCAGAGUAACAGCAAUUAAAAGCACUUAAUUAACUGUUAUCAUCUGAUUUAAAUGGAAAUCAUACCGGAAGGUGUACACUUUCGAUUGGUGCAAGACGAUGAGCUUCCAGCUAUUUUGGAGCAUUUAAAGCGAUAUUUGCCGGAGGCAAUAAAGUUUCAUCAAACAAUUAAAACGUACCUGACCGAUCCUGUAUGGAAAUUUUGGUUUUAUGUCUCGAAAAAGUGGCCCGAUGAACCGAUUUGUUUACAUUUUCCCGGCUGUACUUUGACGCCAAAGGAUAAUAUUUAUGGCAGUUUCGGCAUAUUCUGUCCGAGCGACCGUUUGGAAUGCGUUGACUUGAUGGAAACGGAGACUAUUCUUAUUGAUUGGACACUGGAAAUGUACCUGAAUUUUACGCACAUUGGCAUUAUGAAUCAACUUGAUCAGUUUUAUCAAAAGUACGGUGUGAUGGAGCGUUUGUAUGGCGAUAUUUAUGUAGCACAAGCACCGUUCAAGCAAAUUGAAUUGGAAAGUUUGCCCGAUGACGAGGUUGAGAUGCGUCCACUGAACAUUACCAACGUUCAAGCCAUCCAUGACCUGUACCCGGCCAGCGAAAUUGAAUGCGUUGAAGUGUUCGAAAAACUGAUUGGCACAUUACCAGGUUUUGGUGUGUUUGUGCACGACACCGACGAGCUCUGUGCAUGGAUGAUGCAUUCUUAUUACGGCGCCAUGUUUUCGAUGCAAACAAAACCGCAAUUUCGCCGUAAAGGCUAUGGAAUUCACUUGGCUCAAGCGCUCACAAACAAGGUGAUUGAACGUGGCUAUACGCCAUUUGUAGUAAUUCGUCCCGAAAAUGACGCUUCGCGAAGUUUGUACACAAAAUUAGGUUAUAAGAAGGCAUACGAAACGGUACGCGUAACAUUGCAGCCGAAUGUGAGCAACGGUGACACGACCACUGAGAAGCUAAACGGUCACUGUGCCAACGGUCACAUCAUAGACAUCCAAAAAGACGAAGGCAUCGAAGAUAUGCGUGCGGAAAUUGUACAAAAUAUCAGUCCAAAUCAAAAUGAAGUGGCUAAAGAUGAGGGCAUCGACAAUGGCGAAGAAUAAACGACACCGAACGAAUUUCAACCAAAUGAGAGACAGAAAAAGAGAAGAAAACAACAAUUUAUGAAUUGUGAUUCCCACGUUUUAAAUUCCCUCUAAAUCUUUUUUCCCAAACACACAAAAAAAACAACCAAUACAUUUCUCUGCAAAAUCAACAAAGCUAAAAUGAUGCAAACUAAACAACAACAAAAAAUGCCUAAAAACAAUGAAAUUAAUUUUAAAAUAAACUAUAUAUCAGAAUGUGGCUGAAUGAAACAAAGAUGACGGCCCGAAUUGCACAUGCCGAAUGUAGUGAAACAAAAAUUGUUCAAGAACAUGACCAUGAAAAGGAGGAAAGACAAAGAGAUUAGGCUUAAUUUCAAAUGAACACACACAGACACACACACACUUUUUUGUAUGGCGAUAUUAUAGUUAUAUUUUAGCGCGAAAAGUCUUCUACAUUUACAUAAUUAAACAUAUACUGUAUAAACCUUUUUUCUUAGGCGAUUUGAUUAGCUAGCGGAUUGUGAUCUAUAUUUCCAUUUGAUUUUGUUCUUCUGUUCGUUCUUCUCUGAAAAACAUACAAUUUUUAUGAACAAAAAUUCCAAUUCUCUAUCAUUUAAUUUUAACUAUCCAAGUACGUACAUAUAUAACCUAGAACAAACCAACACGUAAUUGAGCAUUCCUUUUUGACGAAAGUGCAUAGAUUUGCGAUAAUUUUUCUGUGCACCAGACUGAAUGAAUUGCAUGAUGAAAUUUUUAAAGCAGAAAAACUCAUAGCGCGCAAAAGAAAAAGACACGAGAGUAUAUUUGAUUUGUCAAGCUCAAGGAUUCCAUACCGUAGACAUGCAAAUAAACAUGGGCACUUUUCACACACACAUUAUUUUGACACCCCUAUGCAUUUUCCACUAUCCCAUUAUCUUAUUCUUAUUAUUAAAACAAAAAAAGGAAAAGCCUAUAUACUUUUAUACGAUUUUUAGUCUUCAAAUGAGCGCAAAAUCAUUAUAUAUGUUAACGAAAGAGGAGGAGAAAAAAAAAUUAUCGAGUAGAAGAAAACCUUGAUUGCAUAAUCCCCUUCGCAAAAUCAACUCAAUGCCUGCUUAAUGUAUUCGGAGCUUGAAUUUUUGCACGAAUUGCCAAAUGCGAUUGUGAUAAACAUUAAGGAUUAGCUUUUUCUUCCUCUUCAGUUUUAUAUUUUAAGAGCGCAGGCAUUUAUAAAUUGAAAAUUUUCAUGUUAUGGCCAGCAGCAGACACUUCUAUAGGUAUACAUACCGAUGCAGGUCCGCAAUGUUGCACAUUUGCUGACAAUAAAAGCCACACCAAACACAACAACCAAAUUAAUGCCCAACAGCAAUAGCAUUCAACAUGUGAAAUACUUGAACCGAUUCAAUGCCAAUAACGAAUUUUCCAAGGCUUUUAAAAUAUUCAUUUCGAUUGCUUUCGUCGUUUUAUUUUUCUGUUCUUCAGCAUAAAUUAUUCAAAUUCAAUAGCAAACAAAUAUUUUGCUCCAUUUUAUAUGUGAUUUAGCGAAGGGAAAAAAACAAUGAUGAAAAAAAAAACUCGGUCUCCAUUUUUCUCAUUUAUAUUAUUCUAAUUAUCCAAUAUAUUUAACGGGGAAUAUUUACUAAUUAUAAUAUCAUUUAUAUUAUAUACGACGAAGAGAAAAAAAUUUGGUCCAAAACAAACAAAAAAAAACAUUCGUAGAUUCGUUUUCUUAUAUCUCGCACAUACACAACAAAACCACAUGAAGAAAAUUUCCCAACUAUUAAAAUCGGAAAAUGACACAGAGAAAUGAAAAUCCGUCGUUAAAUUCUAUAUACAGCCACACAUCCACACACUGAGAUGAGAGAGAAAGACAGAGAUUUGCGUAAACGAUCCGUUUGCGGGUUUGCCAGUUUUGCUCACACAAUUUAUUAACAUUUGAGACAUGAAAAUAAAGCAACACAAUAACAACAAAUGAAAUUAACAAGUAUUUUAGGAUUUAAUCCAAAAAAAAUGAUUACAUGUGCUUUAUCAUUCAAAAGAUCAUAUCUAUUCUAAUUUGAAGAUGAAACCAAUUAAGGUAAAAAAACCUAAUUAUCUCGUAGUAAUAAUCAAGCACCAGACCGUUAACAUUGAAAACCAAAUGAGCGCGAAAUAAGAAACACACACACACACACACCGAUUGCCUAAAGUAAACGCUUUGUGAGCAGCUCCAGUUAAAAUCCGGAAGGAAUAUACUUUUUGUUGACCUUUUUUUUCUUUACAACUUUUUUACAUUUUGAUGCACACACUCAGAAAGAACAAAAAAAAACCUAGAAAGACACAGAGAAACUGGAUCAAAUUUAGCGAUCGGUUGUAGUCCGUAAAUUAAAGGGGAAGAAGAAAGAAAAAACAACCAAAACGAACGCAACUUACAAAGAUUUUAAAAAAAUGAAACCGAAGAAUAAAAAAAAAUAUCUAGUUAGUCAUUGAAAUGAAAAAUAUAUUAAGGCUAUAGAGAACGAAUGAGAUACAAAAAAAAACAAAGUAAUUAUUGUAAAACAAAACAAAUUUGUAUUGAAUAAAGAACAAAAAACAACAAAACAUGCAGAUGUAUAAACAAAAUAACUGUAAUAAAAAUGAUGUGUGACGAGCUCAACAGGCACCGUUUUUGUUGUUGUUGUUGUGUAACUCAAAAAGCCAAGUAAACGAGCAAAAAAAAUGGAUGGUUAUUCUAUUGUACACAAAGCCACACACAUUUUCAUUUCAUAAAUAAACUAUGAAUCUUCUAAUUGAACCAACCAAA